CGGGCCCUGCCUCCGCCAGGGGUGGUUAACACCAUCGCCAAGUUGGCCAAGAGCUGCACCCUGCGCCUGACGGACAGCAAGCUGUACUUCAUCCUCUCCGAUAAAGUGGCCAAUGGAGGCGCCAGCAUGUGGUGUGAGCUGUGCCAGGGGAAUUUCUUCGAUGAAUUUCAGAUGGAAGGAGUAGCUGCAGAGCACAAUGAAAUCUAUUUAGAGUUGGUGCCUGAGAACCUGUCAAGAGCAUUGAAAACUGCCCAGAGUGCUAAGGCAGUGAAGAUCAAGUUGACUAACAAACACUGUCCCUGUCUCAGAGUUGCUGUGGAGCUACCAUCCUUAUCAAGCAGCAGUAGGAUUGUGACACAUGACAUUCCUGUGGGGGUUAUUCCCAGGAGAUUAUGGAAUGACUUCAGAGAGCCCCGUGUGCCGGAUUUUGAUGUCAGCAUUUACCUACCAGCGCUGAAAACAAUGAAGAGUGUUGUGGAGAGAAUGAAGAAUCUCAGCAAUUCCAUUGUGAUUGAAGCAAACUUGAGUGGAGAAAUGAACUUGAAAAUAGAAACUGACUUAGUAUCUGUAACAACACAUUUUAAAGACUUGGGAAAUCCUCCCUGGGCAUCAGAGGAUGGAUAUCAAAGUUCUGCUCAAGACAGAGAUCUGGAAAGCAUGGCAGAGGCACGCAUAGACAUCAAGAAGCUGCAGCAGCUGCUUGCUGGACAGCAGGUCAAUCCCACAAAAGCAUUGUGCAAUAUUGUAAGUAAAAGAAUUGUCCACUUCAUCUUGCUCCAUGAAGAUGUUUCACUUCAGUAUUUUAUUCCAGCACUUGCCUGAAUGUUUUGGAAUCUCAGCCAUUUUCCAGCCUGAGGCCUUUUCAUGAAGUCUGAAAACUUUCCUGGGUUGUUGGAGUACUCUCAUGUUAUAUGCUGUUAGAUGCAGGCAUCAGAUGGACAUUAUUCCCCGUAUUUGUGAAAUUAUUCAAAAUAUCUCCUCAUCCAGAAGGUCAUUUUCGUGAAGAGUUACAUGCUAUGACAGACACAACGCUGGGGAGCUGGCGUAUCUGACCGUUAAGGGGAGCAAAACAGAGAUUUGGACGUGCUUUUGGGAUGCUUUGAGCCGUGGGGAAGGCAACGUAGUAUUUUUUUUUUUUUUUGUCAACAAACACACAGGUAGAAUCGACCUCUGGAGCUGCUGCUAGGUGUAUUCAGUGUUGGACAAUGCAGCUCUAAGUUCAGGGGUCUCUGAGCCAGCUGUCGUACCUCCGUGGAGCAGGAGAGCCCUCUGGAGGGUUGACAGAUUGGUAUUUGCCUGGGCAGGUAAGCACAGCUCUCCUGGAGUAGAACUGGAUUGACUUCUCUUCCAGCAGUGGUGUAAAUGGACUUGAUGCUGCUGCGUGUUGUGCAGCAGAAAUGUGUCUGAGGCAGAGGAGCUUCCUGUGGCUGCCAGCGUGUAACAGAUGUAACACCAUCCUGUGCUGGAGCACCAGCAGGUCAGCAGCGUCUGCUUGUACCUGGUUGUAUCUUUUGCUCUGACUUGCUCCAGCCUACCUCAGUAGUUCUGUUAGUGCUUGGACUGAUGUGUCUGGCUCUUGGCCUGAGAGGAUGAGAUAAACAGUCUGAAUUACCUUGUUAAUGUGGGCAGGGAAGGUCUCUGUCUGUGUACAGAAUGAAUAUCGUAUGAGGACGUGUGAAUACAGCAACUGGAGUGAAAUAAAGGGCAGGUUACCUGUGGAUCACAUUUUUCCCCUUUCCAGAUGGAAAGCAUUGUACAGCCUGUGUUGUGGUGGGAUUGUAUCCAAACUCUGAUGCCGAGCAGCCAAGAGCAUGACUAAGUCUCACUGACAGGAGCACUCCCCUUGGCUUCCUGCUUACCUUCUGAGACCUUUUCCUCUUUAUUCCAUGUGUGACUGUAUUUGUUAUCCGGCCACGAGCCAUCUAGCCUUUGGUGUUCCACGAGGUUUUGAAUAUUUUGUGAAGUUUUCUGUUUUAGAAAUAGUGAGUGAGUCUUUGCUGCCAUAUAGGAGUGGGAGUUUCUGCUAGACUAACUCUUGCAGUCAGUAGUGUUGGCUUUGUUGUUUUGUUGUUUGUUUUUUUUCCAAGGGCAUCGAGGUUAAGGGAGCAAUUAAUCUUCUUGAUUCAAAUGGUUGAGAGAAGGCUGAAGGAGAGGCAGUGGCCUGGGGGUGUUGGGUUUUGUUGGCUUCUUCCACCAUUUCUAUCAGACUAACCAGGAAGCAUCUUUCAAAUGCUAUUAGUUUUCACAGGCAGCUGCAAUUCCCCAUCAGUCUGUGUGAGAUGAAAAUAGCUGUGAGCCAGGGUACAGCAGUUGUAUGGUGAGUGGUACAUAUUCCUGGGUUUUCUCCUGAGGAGAAGGGAAGAACUGUCAGAGUACGAUACAGAGUAUGCACUGUAAAAGUAGCCUUUGAAGUUUUUUGAUUUUCUCCUUUGAAAAAUGUGUUCUGUAAAACGCGAUGGAAAUGGCUUUUUCUGGUGUAGCAUAAGAACUAGUAGCAGUGGCCUCUGGGCUAUGCUGACUCUAUGGUUGCUUUUUUAAAAAAAAGAAGUUAAAAUUGCCA